UCAGAUUUUAAUUGGUUUACUGGUUGGCUGGGGUAUGUCCGCUUUGAUGACGGUUACAGGAAUGUUGACAGACGAUCCGUCUAAGACAGAGUAUCUGGCCAGGACGGACGCACGUGCUGAUAUUAUCACCACAGCCACCUGGUUCAAAGUACCAUAUCCAAAUCAAUUCGGAACGCCAACUUUUGACACUGGGGUGUUCAUUGCUUUUCUUAUCGGUACACUAACCUCCAUUCUCGACUCCAUCGGAGAUUACUACGCAUGUGCGAGAACGUGUAAUGUUCAUCCGCCGCCUCGCUAUGCCGUAAACAGAGGAAUCGCAGUGGAAGGUCUUGGCAGUACUUUGUCAGGGAUCCUGGGAUGUGGACACGCUACAACUACAUACGGGGGGAACAUCGGAGCUUUAGGCCUUACAAAG